CCCGCCGCCCCGCGCCCCGUGGCGGGCACCCCCCGGCGCGGGCCAGCGGCCGGCAGGAUGCGCUACGCCGACCCCUCGGCCAGCCGCGACCUGCUGGGCAGCCGAACUUUGCUCUUCAUCUUCAUCUGCGCCUUCGCGCUGGUGACCUUGCUGCAGCAGGUCCUCUACGGCAGGAACUACAUCAGGAGGUACUUCGAGUUUUACGAGGGCCCUCUCGAGUUUAAUUCCACAAGAUGCCUGGAGCUGCGGCAGGAGAUCUUGGAAGUAAAGGUGCUGUCCAUGGUGAAGCAGACGGAGCUGUUCGACAGGUGGCGGAGCCUGCAGAUGUGCAAAUGGGCCAUGAACAUCUCAGAAGCCAACCAUUUCAAGUCCACACUGUCCAGGUGCUGCAACGCCCCGUCCUUCCUCUUUACUACGCAGAAGAAUACACCUCUGGGGACGAAGCUUAAGUACGAGGUGGACACCAGUGGCAUCUUCCACAUCAACCAGGAGAUCUUCCGCAUGUUCCCCAAGGUGCAACCUGCCCCCUAUAUCAGAGAAGUACAUCAUGGACGUGGGGGUGAAGACGGAUGUGGUCACUGUAAACCCCAGUAUCAUCACCGAGAGGUUCCACAAGCUGGAGAAGUGGCGGCGGCCGUUCUACCGCGUGCUGCAGGUGUACGCGAACGCGUCGGUGCUGCUGCCGGCCUUCUACAACACGCGCAACACGGACGUGUCGAUGCGCGUCAGGUACGCGCUGGACGACUUCGGGGCGCCGCAGGCCGUGUACUACUUCCACCCGCAGUACCUGCUCAACGCGUCGCGCUUCUGGCUCACGCUGGGCGUGCGCGCCAAGCGCAUCAGCACCGGCCUCAUCCUGGCCACCGCGGCGCUGGAGCUGUGCGAGGAGGUGCACCUCUUCGGCUUCUGGGCCUUCCCCAUGAACCCCGCGGGCCUCUCCAUCCCCCACCACUACUACGACAACGUCAAGCCCCGGCCCGGCUUCCACGCCAUGCCCUCGGAGAUCUUCAACUUUUUGCACCUGCACAGCCGCGGCGUCCUGCGCGUGCACACGGGCACCUGCAGCUGAUGCUGAGCCGCUCUGGGCACUGCUGGGCGCGCCCUCCUCGCCUUGGGGCGCCUUCAGUCCUGGCACUGCUGGGUAGGGGUGUGUGUCUGUGUGUGCGCGCGGGGAAGGUUGUGAUUCCCCCCACUCCCUGGCCAGGACGGGGUGACUCUGCCCCACGCCUGGAGGCCGUGCGCUGCCCACCGAUGAACAUGAUAUGGGGGCAUCCCUCCCUUAGGUGGUCCACCCUCAUUUCUGGUUAUUUGGCUGGACCCAAAGCACAUUUCCAUUCCACGUUAGCACCUACGAGAGCACAAAGAUUAGCUGGGAAGCCUUGAGAGAAAGGAGAACAGGCUCGGGGACUGGAGAAGGGACUUAGGGCAAAGAUUCUAAUUUGAAUUGAGUUUUGGGGGGCACUGACUUUUUUAUUUAUAUUUAUUUUUUGCUUUUUUGGGCCACACCCAGCGGCCACACUCGGGUUAAUCCUGGCUCUGCGCUCCGAAAUUAUUCCUGACAGGCUCAGGGAAUCAACCAUAUGGGAUGCCGAAGAUUGAACCCGGGUGGACUGCGUGCAAGGCAGGUGUCCUCCCCAUUGUGCUGUUACUCUAGUCCUUGGGGGGCGGUCCUG